GGCAUUAUCAUGAUCACCUCACCCCCACCCAGCUGUAGAACAAAAAGCCGGUGAUUAUCUGCUACAUUUGUAGUUAUAUUAGGAAUUCGCCCUUUUCAUUCUACCUCUUCAUACCCUAUUUCUUCCUAUCCCUACUGAAACCCAACCAUGGACCUCGACGAUCCGCCCAUAGAGCUUACGCCCUCUCCCAUGCGCGUCCUUGUGCAAACACUAACUCACCUCGUUCCGUCGGACAAUCUUAUCGCCAAUGGUGAGCCAUACGGUGACAAGCUACUCUCCAUGCUCGACCGAACCUGCAAACAUGUUUGGGAUUUUCCAUAUGAACCAGGCCUGCAACGAUGGUACUCCUACGGCGACGAGUUUGGCUACAACAACCGGGUCUGCUUUUUCCUAUUAGACUAUGGCACUGCUCCGAACGGUAAUGAUGAGGAGGUUCCAAUCCAGUGUUUUACGUGGGAUGGAGAGAAAUUCAUACCCAAGCCAGAUCUUCUCCAGAGCAAAGAUAUUCAAGACGAGUUGAAGGAGGUACCGUUUACACCAGGCCCUUCCGACCGUGGUGAGAUACCGCCGAUGCGGGAUAUAGUGCGGCGGAGGCUACGGAAAGCACAGUUUUUGUCGAAACGUGAGCUUGACUAUAUGGCGGAGCAUCCGGAGGAUCAAGAGUGGCUGGAAAGAAAGCUGAAACCAAGGUUUUGGGCAAGCUUCCUGGAGCAAAUGGAGAAGAGGGCAAAAGAAAGGGAGACGGAGAGGGAAGAGCCCAAAGAGGGACACGAAGUCGACCCGGCACAGGAAGAAGGGAACCGGGCUAAAGCAAUGGGGAAAUAAUUAUGCCGUGUACAUAUGUGGAUCAAUGCAAC